GUUCCUCACAAAAUAUAAUCUCAAGUCUAAAGUGGGAAAUACAUCAGAUAAACACAUUAGAAUCAUAAAGCAAUAAUUCAUUACUACUUUUUGCAAUAAUAUUAUACGAAGUACUUGUCUCUUUUAAUAUGGUGAAUACUAAAGGAGGUCGCUUACCAAAAUUGGUCAUCAGUACUUUUUGCAUGUCCGCCUUUGCUAUUCUGUUUUACGUGAGCGAUGCAUCUGAUCCGACGCCCCUUCAAGAUUUUUGUGUGGGAAUCAAUGAUCCCAAUUAUGCAGUGGUUGUUAAUGGGAAGCUUUGCAAAAAUCCAAAUGACGUGACGGUAAACGAUUUCUUGUAUAAAGGGUUUAACGUACCUGGAGACACAAACAACACUCAGGGAGCAAAUGCGACACUAGUUGACAUAACUCGAUUUCCUGGUGUCAACACACAAGGGGUGGCCAUGGCUCGGGUAGACUUUGGGCCCUAUGGCUUAAACACCCCUCACUUACAUCCUCGUGGCUCCGAGAUUUUUGCCGUGGUAGAAGGAACGUUGUAUGCCGGUUUUGUGACUACCGGUUACAAAUUAUAUGACACGAUACUUAAGAAGGGUGAUGUUAUUGUGUUCCCUCAAGGUCUAAUCCAUUUCCAAUUAAAUCUAGGGAAGAAAGACGCUUUGGCUUAUGCCUCAUUUGGGAGCCAAAAUCCAGGGCGAGUUAAUGUCGCCGAUGGUGUGUUUGCGACUACCCCACGUAUCUUAGACGAUGUUCUUACCAAAGGGUUUCAGGUGGACGAGAUAGUGAUUGAGCAACUUCGUUCUCAAUUCUCCCCCGAAAACAUAUCAGUCAACACUGGGAGAUCGAUAUUAAAAUUGUUAUCUCAAACUUUCUAAUUUUACAUACUAAUAUAUAAUGUAUGUAUGGUCAAGAUUCAAGAACCAAUAUCGUACGUGUGUAUUUAUUUGUGCUCUAUAAUUUCUCUACUCCGUAUGUAUUUGAGUAACAUUGUUUUGCUGUAUUUUCGUUAUUUGUGAUUGAUUGUAACAAUAUAUGUAUUGCAAUAAAUGAAUUCUUUUUCCAGUAGAAUAGGUAUUUUGCAUUUUUGCGUAUU